CUUACAUAUUUGUUUCCGAUCUUCCCAGCGUCAUGGACAUUCCAAUCGUCGAUUGCUACAGCGCUGAUGCUGCCGCCCAGUUGCGCAAGGCUUGCAUGGAGGUGGGUUUCUUCUACCUGACCGACCACCGCGUCCCGCAAGAGCUCGUCGAGUCGGUGUACCACGAGAUGCGCCUCUUCUUCUCCAAGCCCGAGAGCGAGAAACGGGAGGUGCUGGCCGAUGAAAACAUGCGCGGGUACACGCCGAUGAACGAGGAGACCCUCGAUCCCGCGGUGCAGACCCAAGGCGAUACGAAGGAAGGCUAUUACAUUUGCCGAGAAGCUCUUCCCGACGAAGUGCAUCUACCCCUUCACGGAAGCAACGUAUUCCCCAAGGACAACCCGACCUUCCGACGCGUGAUGGAGCAGUACUUCGACUGCAUGUGCGAGCUCGGCUAUCACGUCGCGCAACUCUUUGCCGAUGCAGCUGGCGCCCCCGGUGCGUUUCAAGCUGCGGGCAUGUUCGACCGCCCGAUGGCAGCGGUGCGCCUUCUGCAUUACAACGACCAACUGUCGAACGUCGCCGACGGAGUGUUUGGAGCGGGGGCUCACACAGACUACGGGCUGUUGACACUUCUAUCGACGGAUGGCAACCCUGGGCUAGAGAUUUACCACAAUCAGGAAUGGAUCCCCAUAUCCCCCAAACCCAAUACUUUUGUGGUUAACAUUGGGGAUCUCGGAGGUACAUAUUUGUAUAAUGUCAAUAUAUAUAUAUUGGAACGUGCUCUAGAACGAUGGACGAACGGCUUGUUUAAAUCGACACGGCAUCGAGUGGUGAACCGCAAUGGCCAAGAACGAUACUCGGUUCCCUUCUUUUACGAACCCAACUUUACGUGCCAAGUGACGUGCCUGUCAUCGUGCGUAGACGCCGCCCACCCCCCUCAAUACCCCCCCAUCACCAGUGGCCAGCAUCUGCUCAACAUGUAUCGCCAAACCCACGACAGUUUCACCGAGUUUACGACCCAAAUAACUAGUGAUUAACGCUGCCGAGUACGAAAUACUAGUUAGUAGGCAGGCUUGCAUUCAACCUUAGUACGACACAACCACGUAAUCCAAG